AGAGGGAGUUUCUUUUCCUUUUCUUUCCUCUGCCCUACUCCUCCCUAGACGUACUGUAGAUCCAAGUAAAUGAAAUGAAAAAUCCAAAUUAUUUUUCCCAAGCUGUAAAACAAGUUCUCAGCAAGUGUGAGAUGUCUGCACUGGGGGAGUAGCCACCACCAGCUGGCUCUGCCUCCUUCCCUCCCCCUUCCCCUGUAAUCUGAAACUUCACAUCUCCUGGACAACCAACAACAAAAAAGCUGAGGCAGAGACAGCAGCUGGUUGACAGUGGCAGAGAAGGGCUCUUCAGAGUGGAUUUGAGGGAAGUGGAGCUGGAAGAGAAGAGCCAAAGAAGGGCAGGAUGAGGUGAAGAGAAAGACGGCGGAAGGGAGCCUGGAGGCAGGAGCUGGGGACUCUCCUGGGUACAGCCUAGAGGAAAGUGUGGUACAGUAUGGCGACCCAGAACUUCCUGCAAGAGAUGCACUCAAUGGGCCAGAAGUUCCUUCUUAAGUUACAGCAGCUGCCUCAGGCCGAGCCUAUUGAGAUUGUAGCCUUCUCUGUCAUUGUCUUCUUCAUUGCUACUGUGUUGUUGCUAUUGGUAAUAGCUUGCAGCUGCUGCUGUACUCAAUGCUGCUGCCCUGACCAGAGAAGCAGGAAAAUUCAGGUCCGGCCCAUGACACUGUCAUGAGAGGCAGGGUGAAGACAGAGGGGACACCAGAGCAGGUGGCUGUCAAACCAUGCCAUAAGCUUCUAGUCAUGGCCCUGCAGUUCACAGCACUCAAGAUGAGACACAGAUGGAGGGAUCAAUUUUGCUGGGAGAGCCUGGAACAGGCCCAACUGCAGCCACAGAGGUAACCAGCCCUAUCUCCAGUUCUGUGAAAGUGCUUAGACACUUGGGAAUUGGGGAGCCAGGAAGCACAGAAGAAUCUUUUGGCAAACAAGAGAUGCCAAAGAUAAGCCAACUAUGCCAGUCACCACAGACAAACUGUCUCCAUUCCUUUUCUGGUCUGUGUCUUAUCAUAAAAAAAGGGAAGUAGGCCUAUUCCCAGGCCCUUGAGAAGGACAGCUGCCACAAGAGGACUAAAAUGAUCCGUGCCAAAGAAGAUGACAGACUGUAUAAUAAUUAAUAUGUCCCAAAACCCAUGUGAAUGAAAAAAAAUGCUUUGAGGUCUCAUGCUACAAUGUGCUUGUUUCUUUCCAAAUAUAAGUGCUAUUAAGAUGCCAGUUACACUAGAGUUUGGGACUGGUCUCUUAGAAGUGGAGGAAGAGGCCAAUGGAUGUUAAGAGUGUUUGGUGUCUGCCUUCUCUAUCCCUCUCCUCUACAAGUACCCAUGAAAAUCAUCUGGAUAGAAAUGACUUGUAAUGAGAAGAGCUGAUGGAGAAACAUCCAGAGGAUUGGAAUGAAUCAGUGUGGAGAUAUCUGCUAAACAGUAAAAACUAGCAGCAAAAGGGAGCAAAACUCAGGUCAAAUACAAUGGAAGAUAUUAGCAUACUGCCUUCCUUUUUGUUAACAAAUGGGAAAUGAUAUCUAUAGCAGAAGACUUUAUCCUGGAACUACAAAAUGCCUCCAGAAAAAAGCUACUAAAUGAUCCCUGGACCUACGGGCCCCUGGUGGUGAUGUUAUUGUUUUAUGCCACAAUAAUUAGUCUCUUCCUCUUUGCUCUUUUUUUCAACUGCUGCCAGAGUACGAAUUCCCCACCUAGUUCUAACAGAACCACCUCCACCACUUCCAUCCCCGUCAGAACCAGAGUCUCCAAGGAGCGGCAUGUGAGCACCCCCACCCAGGACAUCGAAGGGAAGAAGCACUUCCAUUGGGAUGCUGGGCAGGAGGGUAGCGAAGUUAAAUUCAAUGACCUCACCAGAGAUAUAGAGGAACAUAAGGAGGAUCAGGAAAGAGAAGAACCACCAGAGGAAAAAUCAAACUUGGAAACCUCCGCUAGUUUUGCCUGCCAGACUUACCCCGUUCCUCCUGUAGAUUUCCAGGAGCGUCACUCAAAUGUAGGGUUAGAACCCUGUAAGCAUCACUUAAAUAUAGUGUUAGAACCACAGCCUUGCCCUCCCUGUAGCCCAAAACUCAAGUAAGGGCUUCAAGUCCAGUCAUUUCCUCUCCUCCCCCCAAGUGCUAGUAUUUCCCAAAUGGAAACUAAAUAGUGUUCAUUACAAUAAUAUCAAAUAAAAACACCCAUCAUGAAUAGUCAA